CGGGCAUGUUUCCUUUGCCGUCCGGUUCGUUGCCUAUAAAGACAGGGUAGGUCUGUUCGGGAAAAAGACACAAUCAGCGCCUAUCCCGUCCGUCGAAGUCUAUUGCCAUACCCUAUCACGGAUCAUCAGACUCAUCACAAUGCGUGGAAUUGACGCUCUUGCCUUCCUGGCCGCCAUUGGUGCCGCUCACGGCCAGAGCACGGUCGGAUUCGGCCCUUACUUUUCUCUGGGCCCUACUCAGUCGUGGAUCAGGGAGGCCAACACCACCUUGGUUCUGCCCGAGGCUCCUAGCCCCCAGAAGGACCGUCUUGCUCUCUGGCCCGGCAUGGGUACAAGCGGUGGUGAUCUGAUCCAGGCCCUCGCUGUCUCUUUCUCUGAUCCCAACUCGAACUGUGGUGCCAGCUCUGGACAGUGGUGUACAUGGGCUAGCACCCUUGAAGGUACGCAACUCGGCGGCAAGGAAGUCCCGGCUUCUGCUGGCGACAAGGUGACCAUGCACUACAAGUACAACGACAGCACGGGCAAGUACGACCAGACCGUCUCGAUCAAUGGCGAGGUGGUCUCAACUCUUUCGACCAGCUCGGGACAAGCCCAGGGCUGGGGCACGGCAGUUGAGUGCCAGGAUGAUGCGUGCCAGAGCACCGCAGGAGCUCACAAGUACCUUGACACCACUAUUAUCCUGAACGCCGAGGAUAACUCCUUUGGCGACACCUUGUCUAUCAACGAGGCCAGCUCCUCCGGACUGUCGACCUCGGAUAACGGCAAGACUUGGACUGUGUCGACCAUCAACAUCGACUCGCACACCUACAACCUGUGAGGUUGAUGUUAUUCAUGUAUAGUACUGGCAGAUGAUUGGAACUCUCUUAAGAGUUCCCCUUGAACAAAUUGAUGUAUAUAGCUACGAAAAUAAGCACGCGCUGGUGAGCUAGGAAUCAUCCUCCAUGACACUGAUUCAACGUAUUCAAUAGAACAUGAACAUAUUAACUACUGGCAGACAGCGUCCUAUGCGUAGGGACAUGGGCAAUCAAUAAUUCGUGAAGCAAACACUU